AAGAAGAAUUAGAGCCUGUGUCUUUCAAUAUGAGCUAAUUAAAUUCAUUGACAUUGGAUUCUUCAGUCUCAGCUUGUGGUCUGUGGGUCAGGGAAGCAUUGAAGUUGUGAAGGAUAAAUAAACUUGACUUGCUAUUUUAACAUUGAGAUUAAGAGUUAAUUAAAAUUAUGCAGACAUCAAAAGGAAGAAAUGGAUCUUCGGAAGUGCCGCCAAGGGUCUAUCCUCGAGCAGUUCGUCGACUCAAGCCAACCACACUAGACACCGAUGCAGUUUCUACUUCGAAUCGGGCAAGCAGAACUUCAAAAGAGAAAAGCCCUAAGGUUGUUGAGCGCUAUUUACCUAGAAGCCAAGCUCCAGAGAAGAAGCGCCCCAGCAGAAUAUCUGAACUGGAGGUACGGAAUUCACAGCUUCAAGAAGAAUUAAAGGUGGUGAAGGAGCAGUUAAAUUCAUCCGAAUCAUGCAAGAACCAGGCUCAGCGAGAUGCCAAGGAGUUCAAGAAGCAACUGUUGUCCAUGUCUGCAAAGCCCGAAACGUGUCGAAAACAGCUUCUUGAGUCUGCCUCUGAGGGAACUCGUGUUGUUGAACUCGAGCUGAUAUCACAAGGACGGGAUCAAGCCUUGCAGCCGGAGCUUGAAGCUACCCGAAAGCAGCAGUCUCUUGACUCGGCUGUGAAUGAGAUUCAACGACUUAAGGAUCAUCUUGAAAUGGUGGCUGAAUCUGAGGCUAAACAGACCAAGCAAGCGGAAUCAACGAUUUUGGAUUUUAAGGACUUGAACGGAAACCUGAUCGAAACUCUUUCUCUUGUAUCAAACAUGAAACACCGGCUAAAGGAUGGCCAAGAAUCGGAACCUCAGGCCGAAGUAUUGGCUAGUGAAACUCUGCUACAACUUGAAGCUGCGAAAAAGACUGUUGAGACACUUAGAUCCGAAGGCAUGAAGGCCGUCGAAGCUUACAAUUCCAUUGCUUCAGACAUAGAUCAGUCAAGGGAACGUGUUUAUUCACUGGAAGGUCUUAUUAACAAACUUAAGGCAGACCUGAUCAACGCUGGUUGCAUUAUCUCUCUUGAUUCUGAUGGUGGUCGAAUAGUUGUCGAGCAUCCAACACGAGAAAGUGAGAAACCUGAGGAAUCUCAGCAACUUGAAGCAGAGAUUUCUUCUUUAAGAUCUGCUCUCGAAACAGCUGAGAUUAAACGCCUUGAAGAACAAAUCCAAAGCAUUAUACAGAUAAAGAGUGCUCAUGAGCAGAUGGACCGGAUAAACACCAGAGAGGCAGAGUUGUUAGCCGAACUAGAGAAAGCAAACUCUUAUAUUAUUGACUUGAAGGCGAAUCUGAUGGAUAAGGAAACUAAGUUGCAGGGUAUUUCGGAGGAAAAUGAAGAGCUACACAUGAAGAUUGAGAAAAACUUGUUAUGCCGGCGAGAAGUGGAACUCGAAAACAAGCUUAAGGCAUUGAAGGAAGCUGUUGUUGAUCUGAAGGUAAAUAUGAUGGAUAAGGAGACAAAACUUCAAAAUAUAUCCGAUGAGAACGAGAUGCUCCGGUCGGAAAUCCGUAAAAGGGACAUGAACAUAGGUAAAUCGAACGAUGAAGUGGCUGCUGAGCUAGAGUUGACAAGGGCUGCAAAGCAAGAAGCUAUUAUGAAGCUUGGACUUGAAAUGGAGGAGGCAGAUAAGAAUAACAGGAAAGCAACCAGGGUGGCUGAACAGCUUGAGGCUGCACAGGCGGCCAAUUCGGAAAUGGCGGCCGAGUUGAGAAGAUUGAAGGUGCAAUCGGAGCAGUGGCGUAAGGCUGCUGAAUUAGCUGCUGCAUUGCUUUCAGCAGGUAAUAAUGGAAAGAAACUCAUUGAGAGAACUGGUUCACUGGACAGCAACUAUAAUCCAAAGAUUAGCUCACCUUAUACUGAAGAUAUGGAUGAUGAUUUGCUGAAUAAGAAAAAUGGGAACAUGCUGAAGAAGAUUGGGAUCUUAUGGAAGAAGCCACUGAAAUAGAACACCUAUAUUAUAUAUAUGUAUUGCCAAAAUUGCAUAGAAUCUAUAUUGUCUCUUUUACCCUAUUUUCCUGUGGAUGUCAUAUCGGCGUAUGCUUACAGUUGAAAAUGCAACUUGUGGUGAUGUUGGAUUUGGAUUCCAUUGUUGUUUCAGCUAAGCUGCUUGCUUAAUAUUAGGCCAUCACUUAAUCGGCUGCUGAGUGAUAAUAUGAAUUACUAUUUUUCUUAAUAAAUAUGAUUAUGCAGGGUGAUAACA